AUGGUGGGUUCAAUCCUUUUGAAGAGCUCAAAAGGAUAUUCCUACGUAGCUAACGAAGAGAUAUCUUUUUUGUCAGAAAUGAUCCGUGAUCAUAAGCUUACUAAGCACAACUCCAAUAUGGGUAUUGAGAUUAGGGUUCCCAAAGUGGAAGGUGAAGUGGUAGCAGAGGUGAUCAAAUUCUGUGAGAUGCAUGCAUUCGGGACUUUUGUUUUCAAAGAUGAAAAUGAGAUCAAGAAAUGGGAUUCUGAGUUUGUUAAUGUUGAUGACCCUACCUUGCCCGCUCUCGAUUUUGCUGCUGAGUUUCUAUAG